AACCCGAACAGCUGGAGCCAGGGCUAACCCAUGAUCUGCAGGUGGAAGAGGGCAAUUCAGCCGGUUAGAAGAGGCAAAAAACAAAAUGGCGGUUGCGAGAGACAACGACUCAUCCCAUCAGCUUCAUCAAAGCUUGUGUUUUGACGGCCUUUUUUCAUCUCAUUGUUCGGUCUAUUAGUUCAUCACCUAGUUACCGCUAUGGCCUGACCACUCCCCUCCCUCCCCCCAAUAUAACCAUGAGUGAGUGAGGCAUUGCACAAUGCAAUGCACAUAUCCCAAUCGCAGGCAGCUGAUCAGCCUUACGCUGGCCAUCGUCCUCCUCCUGCUGCUGGCCUUCUACUAUCGCAGCCAGGGUCCUUUUUCCUUCCACGCGCCAAAUACAUCCUAUCCGGCUUCGUCUGUACAGAGUCCGAUUACCUCUUCACCACCUCGCCCUCCUCCGCCUCCUUCUCCUCCUCCUCCAGCGUCCAGCUCCGACCCCAAACGGCCUCAAAAUGAACCGUCCACGCCUCACAACCUCACCCACCCCACCCUCACAACCGCAAUCUAUAUCGUCGACAAUCCCACCACCCUAAACAACACCACCCCCACCAUAUCCCCCUACCUCACCGUCCCCGCCAACAAGGGCCACGAAGCCAUGGUCUACCUAACCUACAUAAUAGACACCUACCACGCCCUCCCAGACAUCUCAAUCUUCAUGCACGCCCACGCCGUCACAUGGCACAACAACGACUUUCUCUCCUCCUCCUCUUCCGCACAAGCCGUCCAACGCCUCCGCAGCGCCAAGGUCCUGCGCGACGGCUACAUGAACCUGCGCUGCCACCACAACCCGGGCUGCCCGGACCACAUCCACCCCACCAUCCCAACCGACCAAGGCACCACCAAAACGACGACGGCGGGUCAAAGCGCCAGCGCCAGCGACACGGGCGAAACCCAAAGCCAAGACGACAUCCUAAACAUCCCCGAAUCCGCCGUGAUGGGCCAAGCGUGGACCGAACUGUUCCCCACAACGCCCAUCCCCCGCGUCCUCUCGCAGCCCUGCUGCGGCCAGUUUGCCGUGAGCGCCGACCGGAUCCGCUCCGUGCCGCGCGAGCGCUAUGUGGAGUUUCGGAAUUGGUUGUUGGCGACGGCGCUGGAUGACCGGCUGAGCGGGCGGGUGUGGGAGUAUCUGUGGCAGUAUGUGUUUGGGCGGGUGGAGGAGUAUUGUCCGGAUGAGUAUACUUGUUAUUGUGAGGGGUACGGGGUGUGUUUCGGCGGGGAUAAGGGGGAGUAUUUGAGGUAUUUUGAGUUGAGGAAAAACAGUACGGAGAUUAGGGAGGAGAUUGAGAGAUUGAAGGAGGGAGGUGAUAAGGAUAAGGAUAAGGAUAACGGGAGGGUGAAGGAGCGGGAGCGGGAGUUGGAGGUGAUUCUGACGCAGAUGGAGGAGAUCAAAGCGAAGUCGGGGGGCUCGUGAUGGGAUAACGUUACUUUCCUUGUUUUUCUUCUUUCUGCCUUUCAUUUAUUCAUUGCAAAGGGAGUUAUUGACAUCUUGUUUUCUCUCCUUCAAGGGCUACAUCAGAUGUCUUGGGCUGUUGACAGACAUGGAAAGGCGGAUACUUUUCGGAAAUAUAUAUAUGGAUACCCCUGCAGGAGCGAGUCCGUUAGUAAUUACAACCGUCACACAAUAAUCUCCAUCUUGCAA